UGAGCCGUUACGUCAUCAGCGGGCGACGGGCCUGGCCUUUCCAUUCGCCGGGUGUUUCGGCGACUACUGAGGGUCCAUGUGACCGGCUCCUAGUGCUUCUGGGCUGCCCCGGGAGGGGUCUAGCGGGGUCCAAGAAAUUCUCCCGAAGUCCGGGUGUUUCGGCGGACCCCCGGGGCCAUCGGAGAACUUCACAGCCCAGCGGAAACGCACACCGUGAAUCUUCCUGGGAGCCACCCAGAUGUCACAUCACUUCUCGCCUCCAUGCCUCUGCACUGUGUCGUGCCCCCCCCGCCAAUGCUGUUCCUCACUCAUCUGGCAAAUUACUGCUACUACUCCUGCUACUGCUCCUCAGUUUUCCUUCUUAAUGUUAAACUGUUUCUCUCAGGACACAGUGAUGUGCUCUUCUGCUCAUACUCUAGUAUGGGGCAAAGUCCGGCAGGCGGAUCGGGCCUGGUGCUUGUUUUUGGGUAGUCAGUGAGCCAAGAGUGGUUUUUACAAAUGAACAGUUGCAGUCUAUUUGAUGAUAGGAAACACUCACUUUGAACCUGAAACAUAAGGCAGAAUCACUAAAAUUAUUUCUAACAUCAUUUUCAGACUACUUACUUUUGGAUAACAGUCUAAUUGUAUGAAACUAUGGCUGGUUAUAAGCCUGUAGCUAUUCAGACAUACCCUAUACUUGGUGAAAAAAUCACCCAGGAUACACUGUACUGGAACAACUAUAAGACCCCUGUUCAGAUCAAGGAGUUUGGCGCAGUGUCAAAAGUAGACUUUUCUCCACAGCCUCCAUAUAAUUAUGCUGUCACAGCUUCUUCAAGAAUUCACAUUUAUGGCCGAUACUCCCAGGAACCUAUAAAAACGUUUUCCCGAUUUAAAGACACAGCUUACUGUGCUACUUAUCGACAGGAUGGUAGAUUGCUUGUGGCUGGCAGUGAAGAUGGUGGAGUUCAGCUUUUUGAUAUAACUGGGAGGGCUCCCCUCAGGCAGUUUGAAGGCCAUACUAAAGCAGUCCAUACAGUAGAUUUUACAGCUGACAAAUAUCAUGUGGUCUCUGGGGCUGAUGAUUAUACAGUUAAAUUAUGGGAUAUUCCAAACUCCAAAGAAAUUCUGACAUUCAAAGAGCAUUCUGAUUAUGUGAGGUGUGGAUGUGCUAGCAAGCUGAACCCAGAUCUCUUUGUAACAGGGUCUUAUGAUCAUACUGUGAAGAUGUUUGAUACACGAACAAACAAGAGUGUUAUCUCGGUAGAGCAUGGUCAGCCAGUGGAAAGUGUCCUGCUUUUUCCCUCUGGAGGUCUUCUGGUAUCAGCAGGAGGCCGUUAUGUUAAAGUCUGGGACAUGCUAAAAGGAGGACAGUUGCUAGUGUCUUUGAAAAAUCAUCAUAAAACUGUGACAUGUUUAUGUCUGAGCAGCUCUGGACAGAGGUUACUCUCUGGUUCACUGGACAGGAAGGUGAAAGUAUAUAGCACAACUUCCUACAAAGUAGUCCACAGUUUUGAUUAUGCAGCUUCAAUUCUGAGUCUUGCACUUGCACAUGAAGAUGAGACAAUAGUUGUAGGAAUGACCAAUGGAAUACUGAGUGUUAAACAUCGGAAAUCGGAAGCGAAGAAGGAUUCUUUUCCCAGAAGAAGAAGGCCUGCAUAUCGAACUUUUAUUAAAGGGAAAAAUUAUAUGAAGCAAAAGGAUGACAUUUUGAUUAACAGGCCAUCAAAAAAACACCUAGAAUUGUAUGACAGAGAUCUGAAAAAUUUCCGGAUCUCCAAAGCACUUGACAGAGUCCUCGAGCCCAGUUGUACAAUCAAGACACCUGAGAUUACAGUUUCCAUCAUAAAGGAACUCAAUCGAAGAGGAGUUCUUGCAAAUGCCCUUGCAGGUCGGGAUGAAAAGGAAAUCAGUCGUGUUCUUAAUUUUUUGAUAAGGAAUCUGUCUCAGCCGAGAUUUGCUUCUGUUUUGAUCAAUGCUGCUGAAAUAGUUAUUGAUAUAUAUCUGCCGGUAAUUGGUCAGUCGCCUGUAGUUGAUAAAAAGUUUUUGUUACUUCAAGGACUUGUAGAAAAAGAGAUUGAUUACCAAAAAGAACUGCUAGAAACCCUGGGGAUGAUGGAUAUGCUUUUUGCUACCAUGACAAGGAAAGAAAGCACUCCUGCAUCUGAUGGACUUCUAGAAAACAGGAUAGAGUCCUAGUGCCUGCUUAAUAAGACACAGGACUGCUAACUUGGGAUAGAAUUGAUUCUAUUAACUAUUGGAAAGAAAAUCUCUCUGACGCGAUAAAAAAACUAUUGACAGAAGCAAUUUUAUGGAAGAGACUGGAAUAACUAUGAUUGGAAAAUAAGUAUCUGGUUUGUUACAUGGUUUUCCAUGUAAUAGUUUGAAUUAUUUUGUGGCAUCUUUGGCUAGAAGAUCUCAACUGUCUUGAUCAUAAUGCACGUCCACCUUGGACAAGUUGAUACUAAUUUUAAUGCAGCAAAGUUCUGUACCAGCAUUUGGAUAGGCAUUCAGAACUGUGGAUAUAGUUUCCAUUGGAAUCAUGCCAAAGACACGGAUUUAUUUAUUUUUUACCCAUUCCUGGAAAAAAAUAAAACAAAUGGUAGCAACAAAUAAAUUACUUCUUUAAUCAGUC